AUGAGCGCCUCCUCCAGAGUUCUGUUUCACGCGCUGGGCACAUCGUCUUUCAUGUUCAGCUUCUACCUUCUUACGACAUGGGAUUCAAAUUAUUCGCGUUCCUUUGGAUGGUACUUCCAGCUUCUGACUGUCGUGGGCCUCGCCUUAUCUCUGGUCACAUUUUCGCUGGGUCUCAUCGCAGAUCUAGCACCUGCCGAUAUCCUCUUCAAGGCUAAAGACGCAGUCGCAGUCCUUGCGACCCCUCUUGAGGUCCUGAUCGCCGUCUUGUACUGGUCCAUAAGAAUGCAUGACCCUUCAUUACUUAUGCCAGAGGAUCUCAUAAUCGAUCCUUUACCUGACCUCGGCUUCCAUCUUGUCCCAGCUGUUCUGCUGGCCCUAGAUCUAGUCCUAUGGAGCCCACGAGCGACUAUUACUACACGAAGUAUGAUGUCUCUGAGUACAGUUCUGGCUGUCGUAUACUGGUGCUGGAUUGAAUUAUGUUUCUACAAAAAUGGGUGGUAUCCCUACCCAAUGAUGGAUCAGUUCUCAGCCAUACAACGUGUUGUCAUUUUUAUUGCAUCAGCUGGACUAUUAACUGCCUCAUCGUCCGCUCUUCAAUAUGUGCAUGGCAAGGUCCAUAGCCCUAAGACCAGGAAGAUCAGAGCUGAAUGA